ACCUAAUUGUAUAUCGUUUAUGACCAAAAAAAUCUUAUUUCGUUUCAGACUAUACUGCUUUAUUGGACGUGUGGUCUCACCCACCCACCCAAUUUGAAGUCAACCAACAAAUCCCACCCACCCAAUUUGAAGUCAAGCUUUGCAUCACCUGAAUCGUUUGCAGACCAGAGAGAUGGCUGGAGCUUUGAUCGGAGAGGCUUUUAUCUCUGCUUCCAUCCAGGUGUUGUGUGACAGAAUUACUUCACGCGAGUUCGUCGACUUAUUUCGGCAGAAGAAACUCGAUCAACAUCUCCUCAUGAAACUGAAGGUGACACUGUUGACCUUGAACGCAGUGCUCAAUGAUGCAGAGGAGAAGCAAAUAGAGAACCCGGCUGUGAGAGAGUGGCUUGACGAGCUCAAGCAUGCUGUCUUUGAUGCGGAGGACUUACUGGAUGAGAUCAACUAUGAAGCUUUGCGAUGCAAGCUCGAAGGUGAAGGUCAAAUCAACAAUUUAACCAAUAAGGUGUGGAAGUUCCUAUCUACUUCUCAUAACCAUUUUUAUCAGAGCAUGAAUGUUAAGAUACAAGAGUUGUUGCAAAGAUUAGAAGACUUUGUACAGCUGAAAACUGCUCUUGGUCUGAGAGAAGAUGUUGGGAGGAAGGUUUCACAAAAAACUCCAACAACUUCCUUGGUUCAUGAACCUUGUGUGUAUGGUAGAGAUGAAGUCAAAGAAAAUUUAUCAAAAUUGUUGUUAUCCGAUGACGCAAGUAAGGAUGAUGUGUCUGUGAUUACCAUUGUUGGAAUGGGUGGGGUUGGCAAGACAACCCUCGCUCGAAUGCUUUACAAUGACCAUAAGGUGGAAGAACAUUUUACACUUAAAGCGUGGGCUUGUGUUUCAGAAGACUAUGAUGCUAUUAGGGUAACUAAAACUCUUCUUGAGUCAGUCACCUUAAAGCCUUGUAAAACGACAGAUCUGAAUUUACUUCAAGUUCAACUAAGAGAACAACUUAAGGGAAGCAAAUUUUUAUUUGUGUUGGAUGACAUAUGGAAUGAGAAAUAUACUGAUUGGAAGUGCCUCCAAACUCCUUUCACUUCAGGGGCAAGGGGGAGUAAAGUCAUUGUAACAACAAGGAACAAAAAUGUAGCGUCAUCCAUGCAAAAUGUUCCUAUUCAAUCCCUGGAACCAUUAUCCCAUGAAGAUUGCUGGUUGUUACUUGCAAAACAUGCUUUUGGAAAUGAAAACUCUAGUGCACAUCCAAACUUGGAAGAAAUUGGCAAGCAAAUUGCACGCAAGUGCAAAGGGUUGCCUUUAGCUGCACAAACACUUGGCGGUGUGUUACGGUGCAAACUAGAUUUCGAGGCAUGGAACAGAGUAUUAAAUAGCAGCAUUUGGAAGUUACCUUACGAGAAAAGUGAUAUUCUUCCUGCUCUAGGAUUGAGUUACCAUUAUCUUCCAGCCAAGUUAAAACGAUGCUUUCUUUAUUGUUCAAUUUUUCCAAAGGACUAUGAAUUCAAUAUAGAAGAUGUGGCUUUUCUUUGGAUGGGAGAAGGUUUAAUUCACCAAGCUGAGCAUGGAAAAAGCCUCGAAGAGGUUGCUAUAGAUCAUUUUGAUGAAUUGUUAUCCCGAUCUUUGUUUCAACCAUCGGGGAAAUCAAGUUUCACAAUGCAUGAUCUCAUCAUUGACUUAGCUAUGUUCAUGUCUAAGGGAUUUUCUUACAGGUUGGAAGUGAGGGAAUCACAUGAAAUAGAAAGAGUUCGCCAUUUGUCAUAUGCAAGGGAAGAAUUUGAUGUUGCUCAUAAAUUUGACCCAUUAAAGGGGGCUAAGUGUUUGCGGACCUUCUUGCCUACCUCUUUGAAUCCAUAUGAAAAGUGUUAUCUAAGCAAACAGGUUCUACAAGUUUUGUUGCCAUCACUAAGAUGUUUACGGGUCUUAUCAUUGUCACAUUAUAAGAAUGUCACUGUAUUACCUGAUUCUAUUGAAAAUCUCAUUCACUUGCGAUACUUGGAUCUCUCCUAUACUGCACUUGAAAGGUUACCUGAUGUUCUUUGCGGUCUUUACAAUUUGCAGACGUUACUAUUGUCACAUUGUUCCUCUCUCGUCGAGUUGCCUACAAAUAUGAGAAAAUUGAUAAAUUUACAGAAAUUAAUGUUAACAGGUUGCAAGUCUCUUACUAAAUUGCCUGUAGAUAUGAGAAAAUUGAUUAAUUUGCAUCAUCUUGAUGUCAGUGGAACUAAGAUUGUAGAGAUGCCAGUGCAAAUGGGUAGACUUAAAAGUUUGAGAACAUUGGCUGCUUUUGUAGUCGGGAAAUCUACUGGGACGAGCAUUGGAGAAUUGAGGGAGCUGCCACAACUUCGAGGAAAGCUUGCAAUAUUGAAACUGCAAAAUGUAGUUGAUGCUAGGGAUGCCUUGCAAGGCAAUUUGAAGGAUAAGAAAGAUCUAAAAGAGUUAGAGUUGGAAUGGAGUGAUGAGGAUGCAGAUGAUUCCCUAAAGGAGAAAGAUGUACUUGACAAGCUCCAACCUUGCGUGAAUUUGGAGAAACUAACCAUUAGAUCCUAUGGUGGAACCCAAUUCCCUAAUUGGUUAGGAGACUCGUCCUUCUCUAACAUACAAGUCCUGCGUCUCAAAGAUUGUAGUUACUGUUGGUUGAUGCCACCAAUUGGGCGGCUACCUGCUCUCAAGAAGCUCAUAAUAAAAAGGAUGAAACUUGUUAAGACGAUUGGUGUUGAGUUCUAUGGAAGAAAUGAAGGUUCUCCAAUUCAGCCAUUUCAAUCUCUGGAGAAGCUGCAGUUUGGGGAAAUGGCAGAGUGGGAGGAAUGGGUACCAAGUGGAAGUGGAGGUGAAUAUGGUCCAGACUUUCCUCGUCUCCAGGAGCUGUUUCUAAAAGAUUGUCCGAAGCUUAGAGGAAGCUUGCCCUUGGCUUGUCAUCUGCCUUGCUUGAAGAAGCUUUGGGUGUCUGGGUGUGGGGUUUUACAUGAUCAAAGGGCCACCACUACUAGUACUUCUAGUCUUAAAAUGGACUCCUACAAAUCUCUUGAAAAAUUGUUAAUCCACGAAACAGGUCUGUUAUCAUUCCCAGAGAUAAUGUUGCCCAACCAUAAUCGUCUUCAACACUUGAGUCUCUGUGAUUGUCCAAACCUGUUGUCGUUCCCUGAAGAUGGUCUACCCACUACGUUGACAUCACUUGAGAUAGUCAAUUGUAGGAGAUUAGAAUUCUUACCUCAUGAGAUGAUGGCCAAGUUGACCUCGCUUGACAAUUUGCAGAUAUAUUAUAGCUGUGAAUCAAUGAGGUCCUUUCCGUUAGGCUUUUUUCCCAAAUUGACGUCGCUUUACAUUUGGGAGUGUGAGAAUCUGGAAUUCCUUUCCGUUGAAGAAGGAGUUGUUGAGAAUCUCAGUCAUCUCAGAACUUUGUAUAUCACAGGCUGUCCAAAGUUGGUGUGUUUUCCCCAGGGAGAAUUGCCCGCUCCCAACUUGAAUGAUUUUACAGUCCGUGAAUGCGAGAAUUUGCAGUCAUUGCCCGAACGCAUUCACACCCUCACAGGCCUUCGACAUUUGGGGAUAAGCGGUCUUCCAAAUCUUGAGUCGUUUGCAGAAGAUGGGGGUUUGCCUCCCAAUCUCCGAGUUUUUCGCCUUGAGAAUUGUGAGAGACUGAGGCCUUCAUCAGUGGGAGAGUACUGGGGUUUGCAAGGACUUGUCUCCCUUGAAGAAAUUAGCAUUGGUGGUAGGGGAAGUGGGGAUAUCUUGGAGACGUUGCUUAUGGAACAGCUGCUCCCUACUACUCUUCGCACUCUCCGCAUCUGGGGACUUUCAAGUAUGAAAUCUUUGGAUGGUAAGGGACUUGGACACCUCACUUCUCUUCAAAGCCUACAUAUUAGUGGGUGUGACAGUAUCCAAUUCCUGCCAGAAGAGGGUUUGCCGCCAUCUCUUUCUUUCCUGAGAAUCUCCCAAUGUUCUGCCCUGGAGAAAAGGUAUCAGAAUAAGGCUGGAGAAGAUUGGGCCAAGAUAUCUCACAUUCCUUGCAUCAGGAUAAAUGAUGACGUCACCAUAUGAUAUGAGCUCUCAAAACUCUCUCACACAGACGAAGUACUGUUUUUGGAUAUUUCACUCUCAACUCUGAAAACAAAGUCAGACUUGAGAAAUUUUCCCAUGUUCGGAGGUCAAAGCAACUUGUGUAGACAACCAUGCAUGAUUUCAGAGUUCAAGCUGAUGGUGUAAUCACAGAUUCUUUUAGGAUCUUAUUACCAUCAAAUUUUUUUAAUUCCAAAUCUGGAUGGGCAGGAUCAGACCAAGCAACAUACACUGCAUGCUUCAUGUCAUCAGCAUUUCAGACAGAAAAUGGCCCUUGAAUUGUCUUCUGAGCCAAUGAGUUUUUCUAGUAUCUGAAGUGCGAAAAUUAAUGAAUUGAUGUGUACAAAGAGUCUUGAACAUUUUUUCUUGUUGAAGACUGGAAGUGCCUCUUAUAAGUGGCUAAGUUGCAAUGUGUGGUGUCAUCAAUGCUCUGCAAAGAGGUUUGUCAUCAACUUUGUGCUUGAGAUAGAUUGUUUUGUCUGUGGAUGCCACUGGUUAUUUAUCGUAUUUGAACACUCCAUUGAGAUAUAGAUUAUUUUGUCUGCGUAUUGUCACUUCUUGUUCUUCGCUUCAUUUCUGUCGGUUGCUUGCCUAAAUAUGCCCUUCAGCAGUUAAAGUUGAGACUGGAGUUGAACAAGGUUAGGUUAGCUGUAUAAUUCGGGGUAACGCCUUUUCUAUAAACAAUUGUAACUGUCUAUAUAGAUUAAUUUGUCAGCAUUAUUCUAUGGUUCAUUUAGAAUCCUAUUAUCACCCAAAAAAAAUAAAAAUAAAAUUCGUAUUAUUAUUAAUUUGCUGAUUCCAAUUUGGACCAGUAGGAGCAGAGCAGACCAAGCAUGUUCAUACAUCGCAUGGCUCAAGACAUCAUCAUUUGAGACUGAAAAUCAGCCUUCAACCGUCUGCUGAGUCAAUAGACUUCUCUAGAGAUCUCAAGUGCAAGGGAAAAUUGAUGGGUUAACAAAAAAGAUUCGUGAACAUUUUUCUGUUCGAAAUUUUCUACUGGAGGAUGGAAAUGCUUCUUAUAAGUGGCUAAGUUUCAAUUAUUUUGUAGGAUCAAAGGCUCUGCAGAGAGUUUGCUGACCAUGGUGUUGAAAACAAAGGGUGCUGCGCAUCAAGUACGAGAAAAUCAGAGUCUGAACCAACUCCGCAGCGUGAUCCAAUGAUUCAAAUUGAAAACUGUGCAGUCAUCUAACCGUGAUCAAAUAAGUAUGAAUACAAUUUCUUCGAUACAUAAUGAAAAGUAUACAUAUUAACCAGGGAGAGUGUCCAAAUUUGGUGUGUUUCCAAACUUGAAGCAGCUUAUAAUCAUUGAAUGCAACAAUUUGAAGUCAUUGCCUGAACGCAUUCACACCCUCACAGCCCUUCGAGAGUUGAGGAUAGAUGGUCUUCCAAAUCUUGUGUCAUUUGCAGAAAGGGGUUUGCUUCCCAACCUCCAACAUUUUAGCAUUCAGAAUUGUGAGAGACUGAGGGUUCUGGUGAGAGAGCACUGGGGUUUGCAACAACUUGUCUCCCUUGAAGAAUUUUAUAUUGGAGGAAGAGCAAGUGAUGAUAUCUUGGAGAUGUUGCUCAAGGAACAGCUGCUCCUACCACCCUUCACACUAGGCAUCAACGAAAUUACAAGUCUGAAAUCUUUGGACAGAAGGGACUUAAGACACCUCACUUCUCUUCAAUGCCUACAAAUUGGAAGCUGUACAAGUCUCGAAUUUCUGCAACUUCAACACCUCACUUAUAUAUUAGGGAGUGUGACCUGCCAAAAGAGGGUUUGCCGCCGUCUCUUUCUUCUCUUCGGAGAGUAAUGUGUUCUGCCCUGGCGAAAAGAUAUGAGAAUAAGACGGGACAAGAUUGGGACAACAUCUCUCACAUUCCUUGCCCUGGAGAGACAAAGUACUACUUUUCUAUAUUUCACCAUCAACUCUCAACUCUCAGACCAAACUCAGUUGUGCAUCCAAUCAAUAAAUUUUACAGUUGCCAGCAAAGCAUAGCAUAUUGAUUGAAUGUUCUUCCCAGAUCAUGGUUUCUGUUCUUCAGGACAUCUCUUAUAACAAUUUGAUAGCAACCUUCUCUUGGAGAGCUUUUCCCUUGCUAUGUUUCUUUACGUGUCGUCUUCAUUUCCAGAAGAGGGUUUACCAUUGUAUAUAGCCUUUUGGUUUGCUAGCAACGGAAAGGUUCAGCUGGCUGGAAUAUCUCAAUUGACAAUUUCCUUAAAAAAAUGUAUUUAAGUCUCAUUUGAGCUAGUUUAAAUUGUAUUCAAUGCCUAUGGAUAACCUGUGAGCUUAAGUUGUGAGAUAAAAGUGACACUAUAUUAUUGUUUUUAUCUUCUAGAAGAUGUGAGCAUGAUAUUUAUCAUUCAUAUUGUUGCCAUUUAUUAGUCUUUGGACUUUCCCAGGGACUGCAUGUAUGUUAGCCAUGGUACCUUGUCUUCUGUCGCUGUACCCUUUAAUGUUUUUAAUAAAACUUGUCUCUUUUCUUUU